AUUUAUCAUUGUAGUUAUUCAUUUAUAUCAAACCAUCCACCAAGCAACUACUUAUCCAUGCUACGUUAUUUAGCUUGUAGUAUGAGGAUUAUAUUGGUUACGAACGAAUAUCCGGUCGAAUAAUCAACGUCGUAGUUUUCAUGGUCGUCGCUACUCUGCCGGUACACACAUCGAUCGUUACUGGUGGUUACAGUCCGGAUAGUAACGAUCUUCUUUCUAUUCGAAAUGACGCGCCGAUAAAGAAAUUACCGAGUUACGUGCGUCGUCUCUCUCGGGAUUAUCUUCCGACGAUUUCGAUCGAUUAUCGCAAAUUCGAAAAAGUUUGACCAAAAAUCCCGUGAUGGCCUUCUCUUCGUAUACCGGUUCGGAUCAAUACUUUCGUCAACCACUUGACAAAAGAAAAGCCCGUGGAGAAUGGAAAGCUUUCUCGAAUCAUGAGUAUAGUGGAUAUGGAGAUGAGCCACGGCGUAAAAGAGAGGAUAAUAAUAAGCCGAAUCACGUUCUCCUAUUUACAAUCAUCAAUCCAGUGUAUCCUAUUACUGUGGAAGUUCUUCAUGCCAUCAGUGCGCCCAGCGGGCAAGUUCAACGCAUCGUUAUCUUCAAGAAGAACGGCGUUCAAGCCAUGGUGGAGUUCGACUCUGUAGAUUCAGCCACAAGAGCAAAAGAAACGCUUCACGGAGCAGACAUAUAUUCUGGAUGCUGCACUUUAAAAAUUGACUUUGCUAAGCCGACGAAACUCAACGUUUACAAGAACGAUGCUGAGAGCUGGGACUACACAACUCCUACUUUGGGAUCGACCGCGCAUAAGAACGAUGCGACGGGUAACGGAAGGCCGGCGCCCCUCUUGGCAGAACCCAGAUACGGUGCCGCGCCCCAACCAUACGGAUCUACACCACAAGUGACAUUUCCACCCGGUGCUGGCCACGAUCGUUACGAGGAAACCUUCAAUGGACCCGCAACUUACGCGGAACCAUAUGUGGAACGUUAUGGGCUUAAAAGUGAAUUCAGUGGUCGAGAACCAUUACAUCCUACACCACCUCGGCCUGGUUACGUACCUACUUUAGGACAAACCCCACCAUCCAGCACGCAAGGAUCUGUAAUGAUGGUCUACGGUUUACAACCGGACAAAGUCAACACAGAUAAAUUGUUCAACUUAUUCUGUCUUUAUGGAAAUGUUACAAAGGUAAAGUUUUUAAAAACAAAAGAGGGAUGUGCCAUGAUACAAAUGGGCGACAGUAUAGCUGUUGAAAGAUGCCUUCAAAACUUGAACAAUGUGACGAUUGGUACAGACGGUAGACUGCAACUUGGAUUUUCUAAACAAGCCUUUCUUUCGGACGUAACUAAUCCAUACAUUUUGCCAGACAAAACGGCUAGUUUUAAAGAUUUUACAGGAAGCAAAAACAACAGGUUUUUAAAUCCAGCAAUGGCCAAUAAGAACAGAAUACAGCCACCAUCAAAGAUAGUGCACUUUUUCAACACGCCACCAGAUUUAACGGAGGAAACGGUUAAUCGCGUUUUUGUUGAGCGUGGUAUCGAGGCACCAACGACAGUGAAAUUGUUUCCACUUAAGUCAGAACGAUCCUCUUCAGGCCUAAUCGAGUUCAGUAGCGUCGGUAUAGCAGUAGCUGCAAUUAUGGAAUGUAACCAUACAGCAUUAGAAAAUAGCAACGGCAAAUUUCCUUACAUCAUGAAGCUGUGCUUUUCUUCCUCUCGCACUAUACCUACCAGUUUCCCACCAAGCAGUGGCAGCGUUUCGAGCAAUUCUGCCGGAAAUGGCCACGUCAAAAUGCAGCAGGACUCGGAAUAGAACGGCGAGGUCCAGGGCCAGCAGCGUCAGCGCCAGCGCCAGCGCCCCUCUCUCGCCCUGCACCCGUUGUGUGCCCCCGUUGCGACGAGCACGGCCCUGCACCCAGCCACAGCGAUCACCCUAUCCCCGGUUUUGCCACCACCGCCGGUUCCUCCUCCUUUGCCACCUGCUUGUCUUCUAAUAGCAACACCAACCUUAUAUCCAACUGUUCCACCUCCCCCACCACCUCCUCUGCCGACCUUCUGGCCCUACUGAUGAGAAUCACUAAAGGACAUCUCAGCUAGUCUGCGGAAAUCUAAUCCGUGAUGUUCUCGUUCUUGGAAUCAUCAUCAUAGUCAUCUUCACCAGCUCGUAAAACGCUGCUAUCCCGUGGGUAGUAGAAGCUUAUUAAGUUCGAUCGGGGACGAGAUCAAAGCGGAACAUCGGACAGCAGGAGAAAUAGGAGGAUAAGCAGGAGGAUCAGGGGAUGAGGAGAGAAGGAGGAGAGACAGUGUGAAAAGAUCGGCGCGGUCUACGGACGAACAAGGGGUAGCUGGUUGCAUCAUGAAAACAAAUAAAAGGAUAACGAGCAGACGCGUGUGUGUGUGUGUGUACGUGCGUACUUGUUGAUACACAAUCGGCGUACCGUAAAAGCCUCCUGUGUGUUGAUGUCUCCUCGAAACGCCACGUUUGUUGUAUUCUAUCGAUGAUAUAUAUACAUAUAUACAUAUAUGUAUAAACAUAUAUAUAUAUAUAUAUCUUCUACUGAUGAAAACGUGGUCAGCUACAGAAAAAUAUAAAAAAAAUAAAAAAGAAAUAAAGAAGGAAAGCGACGAAACGAAAAUAAUCGGGAGGCCUGCACGCGGACCAAAGCAAAUUCAAUCCAAUUAAUUUUAUCUUUUUUUUUUUGUCUUUAUAAUUUUAAUCUCAGUUUGAAAUUUUCCUACAAUUCCUUAUCAUUUUUCUUAUCAUCGCUCGCGAAUUACAUAUCAAUGAGAAAGUUAGGAGAUGUAAUAUAGGAUCGCGAGAAAAAUAAUACGAAGAAAGACGACGACGCUUGGUGUUGUUUAGGUUGUGCGAUCCCUCACGAUGGAACGCUUUAUUUACGCGUUUUACAUCGAAGAGUUAAUAAACGCCCUCGCAACAUCAUCAACAACAACGACGACCAGAACAACAACAUCUACUACAAUAACAAGAUAUCUCGCACGCGUGCUGUUUUAAUUCAUGACUCCUCCACCAUCACAACUACCACCACAACCACCGUCAUCACUACCACCACCAUCACCACCACCACCACAACCAAUCAAUCAACUCCUAUCCAUCGCCCACCGAAAGUUCACUGAUUUUGCUGCUGAAUAAUCGUUCCUCAAUGACCGUUACAAAAUAUUUAUGGGAUCCAAUAAGUCCGAGAUUAAUUUCUCCCCCCAUUGACCACUGUGUAACGAUGGGAUACAAUUAUUAAAUUGAACGUUU